AUGGGAAUUAAAUAUGGCGGCUUUGGAAUUGUUUCACAACUUGUGAUCUUGCUCUUGUCGAUUGCGGUAGCUGUUUAUGGCGAUCUCCCACCAAAAAUCUUCGACGUCACCAAGUACGGUGCAGUUGCUAACGGCAAAACCGAUGCCAGUCAGGCGUUUUUAAGGGCAUGGAGGGAUGCAUGUAGAUAUUAUGGGAGGAGUAGGGUAUGGAUCCCAAAAGGAACAUAUUUUGUAGGGUCAGUUACAUUUGAAGGUCCAUGCAAUGGUCCAAUAGCCUUUCUCAUUAAGGGUACCUUAAAAGCUCCGACGAAUCCGCAACAUUUCUUAACUGACACGUGGAUCGGUUUCCGAUAUGUCGACUCUUUGACUGUGAAAGGGGGUGGUUAUUUGGAUGGACAAGGUGCUUCUGCCUGGAAAUUUAAUAAUUGCCAUACCAAUCCUCAAUGCAGAACUCUUCCUGCUACAUUGAGGUUUGAUUUCUUAACAAACUCAAAACUGAGCCACAUCCGAUCAAUCAACAGCAAGAACACACACAUAAACAUAUUCGCGUGCAACUUCAUGGAAAUAAGUAACAUGAGGAUCACCGCUCCGUCGAACAGCCCAAACACGGACGGAAUCCGAAUAGGUUCAUCCAACCAAAUCAGCAUCUCAGACUCAGUCAUCCAGACCGGAGACGACUGCAUAGCAAUGGUCUCCGGAAGCCAGAACAUCAACAUAACCGGGGUCGCAUGUGGUCCCGGGCACGGCAUCAGCGUCGGCAGCCUCGGCAGAAACCACGAGCACGAGUACGUAAUGAACAUCAACAUCAGAAACUGCACCUUCUUUGCCUCCGACAACGGUGUUAGGAUCAAAACGUGGGCCCCUUCUCUCACCAGUUUGGCUUCCAACAUCACCUUUCAAGACAUCCAAAUGAUUAAUGUCCGAAACCCUAUUAUUAUCGACCAACAGUACUGUCCUUACUCAACUUGCCUAGAGGCAGAGUCAGCAGUGCAAAUAGAAAAUGUGUUAUUCAAAAACAUAUGGGGAACAUCAAGUACAAAAGUAGCACUGAAUAUGCAAUGCAGUGGAGCAUUGCCAUGCAAGAAUGUGAAUCUCAUUAAUAUCAACUUAGCCUACAGAGGCCGACGAGGACACGCCCUCGCUUUGUGCUCCCAUGUCUUGGGUUCUACUUCUGGCCAACAGAAUCCUCCCGGCUGUUUAUAG